AUGUCUGGCCUGGAAGGUGGCAAAAAGAAGGCCCUGAAACAACCCAAAAAGCAGGUCAAGAAGAUGGAUGAGGAAGAUAGGGUUUUCAAGCACAAACAAAAACAGAAUCAGAAGAAACACAGUGAGGUGAAAGCGAAGGCCGCUGAGAAGGGCCCCUUGGCGACAGGUGAAAUUUAA